AUGGCGGCUAUUUCGAAGCAGGAAUAUCUGAAACGUUAUUUGUCAAAUUCCGAUAGUGGAAAAAAGAAAAAGAAGAGGAAGAUCCCUAAAGUAGCUUCAAAACGUCCAACAUCCAUCCUCGUGGAUGAUGAUAUAACACUUGAAGACGUAAAAGUGAACCAUGAAGAGAAUGAAAUGAACGAAUUUGAAGUUGAUGCCGAUGAGGCACCAGCGGUUUAUGAGGACGAUGGCGUUACUAAAAUCUCCCUUGAGACUUUCAAAAAACGCGAAGAAGAUCAGAGAAAUAAGUGGGCGCCGAUCAACAAAAAUACGCAACCAUCACCAUCUAAAGAGGCCGGAGAGAAAUCGAAUUACGACAGUGACCAUUCACCUCCAAGAAUAACGAGAAGGCGAAGGCAGGACACACCAGAUUUGUCACCACGUGGUGGUUUGAUGGCUAAUAGCCCUGAUCAAUCACCUCUGAGGAACAGAUGUAGGAGGAUAGAAGCUGAUAACAGCCCACCAAGAUCUAGAGGAAGACAUGAUUCUGGUGACUCAAUUCCAGAGGAAGCACAAAAUCAGUUACAUGUUCAUGACAGAUCUACUACAUCAAGAAUCCAUAAUGACUCUCCUGACUUAUCCCCUCUCCGGUCAGGACCUAAUACUGGCUUUACUGUAGGAAGGGUUCGAAAUGACUCUCCUGAUCUUUCCCCUCCAAGAUUAGGAUCAAAUAGAGACUCUGGUGGCAGGAGGGUUCGAAAUGACUCUGUUGACCGCUCCCCUCCCCGAUCAGGAAGAAAAAGAGACUCUACUGUAGGGAGAGUAAGAAAUGAUUCUCCUGACGUUUCCCCUCUUCGGUCAAGAUCACAUAGAGACUCCUCUGCAAGGAGAGCUCAGAGUGACGCUCCUGACCUUUCCCCUCCUCGGUCAAGAUUAAAUAGAGGCACUGAUCAUUCACUAGCUCGAAAAAGAACAAACAGUGACUUUGAAUCACCUCCAAGGAAGUAUGGCAACAGUGAUUCAGAUCAGUCACCUCCAAGAAGACAAAACAGACCUGAAAGAGGAAAUAAAUCAAGUGACAUUAGAAAGUCAGGAUCUGAGGACACAAUGGCAAGUGGUAAGUGUGCAGAGUAUUAUUGGACAGUGGAGGGGUGCAUGGAACAAGGUCUUAAGUGACUCCUAAUGUAGAAUGAAUUUAUUCUCCCUUUGGUUCACAAGCUAAUACCAGGCAAAUUGAAAGGAGAAAUCCUUGUUUUGUCUAUUAAAAGUCAUCCCCACCCUGAAGGUUUCACCUACCUGUACUGAUAUAACAUUUUACAGCUAUACUUUCUUAUUACGAUUAUACCUUUUCACAACUUUUUGAGUCAUUUUAUUCUUUGGCAUAGCGAAUCGCAAAAAAUUGUAAGAUUUUACAAUUUUUUAGUUUCGACAACUCUGCUUGUAUUUCUGAAUUAUUACAAUAUUAGAAAUUAAAUUGGGCAAAAUUUGCCUUGGAGUUUUCUAAUAAUAAAAUGAUGAUGAACAGAUUCUUGCUAGGAACACCUUUUGAGUAAAAAUUCUAAAAAUCUCGUGAAGUUCAUUAAGUUUAAAGACUGCAAAGCAGGUCAACAACUUGAUACUCCAACAUUACAUCUACAACUUCCUACAAAGGAAGGCUGUUGUCUCUGGUUUUCUCAUUUUGAUAAUAAUAUAAUAAACUGUUCAAACACUACAGUAACAAGCACUUAGUAUUGAGUUUCUAUUGUUGUAAUGUCGAUGUUCAUGUUUUUUUACCCAAAUGUACAGGACAGAAGGCUGGUCUGCUCACUGCUAGUGACCUGAAGAUAGACAAUGAAAGGAAAAGAGUGCAGGAAGCAGAGAUGUUUUCCAAGAUGGACCCCUCUCUAUCUGGGAAGGGUUCAGAAACAGUGUACCGUGAUAAGAUGGGAAGGAAAAAGGACAUCAAAAUGGACAGAAUUAAGAGACGAGACGAGGAACGCAAAGAGAUGGAAGAGAAUGAGAAAUUCAUGGAAUGGGGAAGAGGGUAGGAUUUUGUGUACUGUAUUUAUUUUCUUCAACCAUUUUCAGAGCAAGUUCUUUAAACAGUAUGAAUGUGUAUGGCCGCACAGCUGAAGUCCCUUCUACAUACUCCACUAAUGCACAGAAUGGGAAACAGUAGAAAUCAAUGUCAUUUUGUCCCUGCCUGAUAAAACACAAAUUCAAACAGGAUAAUUAUUACUUUGAAUCGUGAAUGGAAAAACUGUCAGGGAUGAGUGACACUUGUACUUAUGUAGCUGAUGAGUUGAUAUUCCAUAAAAAAAUGUCGAUAAGUGUCAAAUGUUUUAAAAAACAGACGUUUUAGGUGAGGGUCACCCAAAAUACCUGUUUUUUAAAAACAUUUGACACUUUUUGAAUUUUUUUUUUUAUGGAAGAUCACCUCAUCAGCUAAAACUAAUGGAUAGCUAAUGGUCUACACCAUUUAACAGAAUAUCUUCCCAAAGAAGGUCAAGAUUAAUAAUUUUGUAGGGUCGGCAUGUUCCACUUUUCAUCCCCUCCUGUUAUUUUUUGCACAUACCCCAACAGCUCACACACUGCUCACACAGGCUAAAGGUAAUGACUUUUGAGUGAUAUUUUGGUGCAAAAGGCUUCAACGCUAAAGAUACAUGUAACCCCGUUAUGUGUUGCUUAAAAGUGAACCAGCUUACAUCGUAGUUGUGUAUACCAUAAGCAUAAUUGAUUUCUUUUGUUGUCAGUAAAAAUUUCAAGUCAAUCAAGCCUAGCACUGAAUCCUUUAAAAUGGAGUUUUUUUAUUAAAAAACUAAGUAGUUAAUUGAUUAACUAAUUCAUUGAUUCUGCCCAAAAUAAAAAUGUAACAUACUAGAGUGAUUAUUCAGAAUUUCCAUGUAUGCAACUACGAGUUUAAGCUAGCUGUCAGGGGAUGGGGGUGAGGGAAAACUAGAGCCCUCCUUUCCCUCUCUCUCCCAUCCCUCUCUUUUUCCAAGUGCUUUGUUGCAAGUACUUGUAACUAAUCUCUUUUUUUAAAAUAGGAGCAGUUUUGUUUCUUUUGUUUGUUUGUUUGUUUGUUUUUUCAGGUCUUUUGGUUUAGUCAUAUUCCACAGAUCAAAGUAUAGGUCACUGCACUAUGGUGGCCUAGAGGUGCCAUAGGGAUUUUGUUAUAUUUUCAGCUUUUUUCCUUUAUAUGAAUGGUUUUAGUUAUUUCAUUUUGUUUAUUUUAUUUUAUUUUCUUCAUUUUAUUCUAUUUUUUAUUUUCAUUUCAUUUCAUUUCGUUUUCAAAACUAUUUAAAAUGAAAAUGAAAAUGAAAGGUGUCUGUCUGGUGUGCUCGAUGACUUGAUAAAUCAUAUGUGGAUCACCUUUAAAUCGGGAAUGUGCCUCAUUGAGUGACAAGAUGGCCCCUGCUCACCGGCCAAAACAUCACAGGACAAUCGUUUGCAUUCCAAUGAGGGUGAGAAAUGUUUCUCACAAGCCGCUUUGAUCCCUUCAAUGGAGAGUUCAUCCUCAUCGUACUGCACAAACUCGCGAGGCCCUACCCUAGUAUACUUUUGGGCUUUGCCGGAUACUUGUGAGCUCAGUCUCUGCACUACCAAUUCUUGUCUUUCAAGAAUGUUGCCUUUUUCGUUUUUCUGCGCACCGCCAUCUCCAGUUUUAUACCUCUUUGCUUUCAUCUCGUUCUUAAAUGUGCCCCAAGAUUUCUUUCUUCUGUCCGCCAUGUUGACUUGUCACAAGGUCAAGCCCACAAGGCAUCUUGGUCUAUGGCAGUUUUAGGCCACCGUCAAAAAUUUUUCAAUUUGUUUUAAUUUCAUUUACUUUCAAUUGACUUCGCUUUGAGAUUAAUUUCAUUUAACACAGAAGGUUUUGAUUUCCUUUCAUUUUCAUUUUAAAUAGUUUUGAAAACGAAAUGAAAUGAAAUGAAAAUAAAAAAUAGAAUAAAAUGAAUAAAAUAAAAUAAAAUAAAAUAAACAAAAUGAAAUAACUAAAACCAUUUAUAUAAAGGAAAAAAGCUGAAAAUAUAACAAAAUCCCUAUGGCAGCUCUAGGCCACCAUACUGCACAAUCAUGAAGACAGAUAAAAGCUCUCCUCUGUAGCUCUAAAUAAUAAUAACUAAAAUUUGGUUUUAGAUAGUGUAUUAGUGUAUACUAUUAAUUUGGCUUAGUUACAUUGUACCCAUCAGUAUGAAAGUAACCUGUGGAAUGCGACUUGUGAAAAAAAACCUCCCUCCCUCUCAAAUAAAACUUUCAUGGGCAGGGAUUUGGAUUUAAGCAGAAGUGUUUCUUAAAUUUAUGUCUUUCUUUCCUCUCUAUUUGUUAUCAGGGUGACUCAAACAAAACAAAACAAGGAAAAAGUUGCUGAUUAUUUACACGAGGUUGAUAAACCACUUGCUCGGUACCGUGAUGAUAAGGAUCUUGAGAUGAUGUUAAAAGAAAAAGAGAGAGAAGACGAUCCAAUGUUAGCUUACAUGAAGCAAAAAAAGAAAAAACAGGACAUCAAGGCAGGAAAGAAAGGUGGGACUGAUGCCACUCUGGAGUUUUCAACUGUUCGAGCGACUUUAGUUUCUCUAGCUCUUAUUAUUUUAAAGGGGCUGUAAGUGUUAUGGCUGUCUAGUCCAUUUUGUUUAUAGUAAUUAAUUGUGUCAAUAACAAAAUGCUUCAAUUUGAUUGGUUCUUAACAGUCCAUAUUUAUAGAUUAUUUUGCUAUUGUAACUCCUGUCUGAUUUGACCUGUCCAAUUACCAGGAGCUUGUAAUCGGACAGGUCAAAUCGGACAGUUAGAGAACCAAUGAAAAUCAACUAGCAAAUGCCACUAGCCAAUGAAAUUUAACUACAUAGCAUGUGACAACCCAUCAACAUCAGUGAAAAAAUAGCAAUCAGGUAAGAUUUUCAGCUUCAACUGGAAAAGAAAAAUUUUUAAAACUAGCUGGUCCAAUGACUUCUAUUUACAUAAAUAAAUAUUCCGAGACUGAGAUUCUCCCUUUUUAUUAUUGACAGAAUUAAUUGGUUAUAUGACUUCGUGUCGUACAAUUACCAUUACUAAUCCCAAUUACACAUAGAUUAUUGCUAUGGAACUUGAGAAAUUACUUGUGAAUGACAAAAUCACAGCUUUGUGUCAAACAAAGAUGUCUCAGAAGCCUUAUAUCAAACAUUACAAACGACAAAAAUGAACUUUGAAAAACUGUCAGGCUAACAACUUUUCAAAAACCACAAUUGCAGUGCGUUUCAGUCCUCUUCACGUUUGUCCAUCCGUGCCUCCUCAGUUUUUAUUUGCGGUGUUAUUUUAUGCCAUCUUGUUACUUUUUUAUCAGUUUUUUUUAACGUUUCAUUUAAAUUGGUGACAGUUCCCACUGUUUGAAUUUUGGUGAAUUUCGUGGCACGGCUCUUUUAAUGAAAGCACAAACUAGAUGUCAAUUUAGAGGGAGGGGAGGGAAUAAUGGGGAAUUAUUUGCUUGCCCACCUUUCCCCUCCCCCCACCCACCACCUCUAUACUUCUUGCCCGCUGUUUUUGUGUUUCUUCCUACAUAUUUGCAUUGAGAAAAAUGGAAUGGCUGUUAAUAAUCUGCUGGGAAUUAGAGCUGUAAAGAUGCACUACGAUGCUUCCGAUAACUGCGAUAUUUCUUCCCACGAUAUGAAUACACGUAUCGGUAUUUAAACAAAAUAUCGUGAUAUUACGACACAAUAAAAUACAUAGCCGUUUUGAGGCGAUUUAUGAUAGAAAACAUACCUGUAUCAUAGUAGAAACCACCCCUGCUUUGCUUGCUUCAAUUGGUGAACAGUCACGUGCUUAUGCACACUUAUUACAUGUAUUUGUCACUUUGUCAGUGGUACAGGCUUGUGCGCCCACAAUGUACAUGUAACGUACAUGUAUCGUUGCCCUUAUGGUAUCGUGGAAAAACGUCGUUUUAAAGGGGCUGUGUCAAGGCAGUCCCCUUCAUUUUGUUUAAUUUUGCCAAUUACUCGCCCUCAAUCACUAUGGAACUUAAAGUAAGCAAAGAAAUUACAUGUGUAUGACAAAAUCAGGGAUCCGAGACAACCAAAUAUGUCUCCUGAGCAUAAUUUUUGAAGUUGCAAGCCGCACGAAUCAACUUUGAAAAACUGUUAGGUUGAACAGUUUUCAAAAAACCAUAAUUUCAAUCCGUUUCAAUCUUCUUCAGUUUUGCCCAUCCGUGGCAUCUGUUGUUUCUGUUGUGUUAUUUUAACUUCUCUUUAAUGUUUUAAGCGGUUAUUUUUAUGUUUCUCGUAAUUUAACGGGCAUUUUUUAAUUUCCUAAUUUGGCUGAAUUUCCUGACACUGCUCCUUUAAGUUGAGAAGUUUUUCAACUGUGUCGUAUGAUGUGAUUGUUACUAGGCCAGGACCCAGUUAUUCAAAAGGUGGAUAACUCUAUCCACUGGACAAAUCUCUAUCCACUGGAUAACGCAAUUGGUUUCCCAAUCACUAAUCCAGUAGAAAGGGAUUUAUUCGCUCAAUAGCGCUGUCCCGCGUUUGAACAAUUGCCGCCAAGUUUAAUUAAUUUUCUCUUUUUCAGAAAAACCAGUGUACAAAGGACCCGAGCCUCCCCCCAACAGGUUUAACAUUCGACCGGGGUACCGUUGGGAUGGAGUAGAUCGGUCAAACGGUUUCGAGAGGAAACGAUUUGCAAUGCUGGCCAACAAGAUGGCAACACAAACCCAAGCGUACAAAUGGAGUACAGAGGACAUGUGA